AUGCGAGGCCCUUGUGCUUGUCAGCUUUUUCGCCUCCGCGGUAAGGGGAUCCGCUCUGGAACCUUUACCCUUCACGGGAGGCCCAUUGGCGGAGCGGGCAGCUCAUUAACCCAAUGGAGAGGUUUCCAGACGACUAGUUCCAAGAAAGGUUAUGACAUGAGGAGUAUAGACAUAACUCCGUUGGAGCAAAGGAAGUUAACUUUUGAUAGCCAUGCAUUGGUUCAAGACUUGGAAAAACAAGGAUUUGAAAAAGCAAAAGCAGAAACAAUUGUGUCAGCAUUAACAGUUCUGUCAAAUGUCAGCCUUGACACAAUCUAUAAAGAGAUGGUCACUCGAACUCAACAGGAAAUUACUGUCCAGCAAUUAAUGUCACAUUUGGACUCAAUCCGGAAAGAUAUGGUCAUCCUAGAGAAAAGUGAAUUUGCAAAUCUAAGAGCAGAGAAUGAGAAAAUGAAAGUUGAAUUAGAACAAGUUAAACAACUACUACUGCAUGAAAGUAGUCGAAUCAGAGCAAACAAUAAGUUGGAUAUUAACCUGGAGAGGAGCAGAGUAACAGAUCUGUUCAGUGAAAUAGAAAAGAAAGUUUUGGAAGCAACCACUGAAUUUAACAAAAAGGAUACUCACAUUAAAGGCAUUAUUGCAGGGACCAGUAAUAAAAUUGACAUUGAAAUUGCUUCACUAAAAACACUGAUGGAGUCCAAUAAACUUGAUACAAUUCGUUAUCUUGCAGCAACUGUUUUUUCUUGCCUGGCAAUGUCACUGGGAUUUUACAGCCUCUGGAAAUAACAGCAGCUCUUCAGUAUCACCACCAGCAGGAACAAGACUACAUUUUCAUAACAUUUGAUGAUCUUUGCUUUUAUAUAACACUGUGGGAACUGAUUCAGGAUUCAGUUUGGCUUGUCUUGGUUCCUGAAUAAAUCUAGUUGUCUUUAUUCUCUGAGGCCCAAAAGUUGUUAUUCAGAACUUAAUUAAAGUGUGGUAGAAAGGUAUUUUGCAGUUUAUACUUGUACUAGUUUACAGGGUGCACUACUCAGUUUUAGCUACAUAUGAGUAAACUUACUCCCCAAACUGAAGUUCUUAGUAUAUAUUCAAUACUCAUUUUUCAUCAUGACUAGAGCCUAUUUGUGGGAGUUUGGUUUUGGAUUUUUUUUACCACGUGUGAAGUAAAUUAUUUAGGGGACAUUGAUCCUGAGUACAGAGGCUAGCCCUGGCAUCCCCUGGCAUCAGCGUGAACGUCACCACGGAGAGAAGAGCUAAUGGGAUUUAAAAGGUGAUCGAGGAAAGGAGAGAGGCUUUUUUUACUUCUGCUCUUGAAUGGACUGACUCCCUGGGCUGGUGCUUAGCAAGCAGCACCUCAGCAUGGAGGGGACCACAGUGGGCUAAAAUCUGGGACCUGAUCUUACCUUAGGUUAGAAAGGCUGAGACCUCUCUCAACCUCUAUCAAACUCUCUCUCUUUACUAAUAAAUGCUUAUAACUCUG